AAACCCUAGCUGUCGUUGGUGAAAAUCCGUCGCAGGGUCCUUAGCCUACACCAACGAAAGCAGUCGGUGAUUCCAUUGUUGAAACAAGUGAAGCCGCUGUCGAGGACAUCCACGCUUUUGCCGUACAUGUGGCUAUUGACCGUUAUCUCCGGACAACCCUUCCAUUCCUCUUUGGUUAGAUGAUGCAGCAACUUCUCCAGUCGCUCCAGUCGCCGGCGUUACCUAGUUAGAUGGUGCCGCCGCAACAGCUGCUGCCAAUGAGCAACAUCGAUCCGUUCCAUACCAGUUCGCAACAGCCGAUUCUGUUGCACUGGCCGAACCCAUCUGCUCCAGUCGAAUUUGUCUGUGCCAGUCCCAUAGACGAGUCCCUCAGCCGUUCGCACCAGCCAACUCAUUGGCCUGCUUCAACUGCCACGAGAUCGACCUCCACAAUGCUGGUUUUGUCCGAAAUUGCCACUAGGCAGUUGCCGGUUCCUAGCCUUAAUCUGCCGAGCACUGGCCACCUCAAUUGGACGAACAUGGGCGAUCGAUGGUGCUUUGUUGAGAUGGGGGAGUUGUCAUCAUUCCACAGCGGACAACAACCAACUGUUUUAGCAACAACCAGUCUUGUACAGUCUCCUCCGGUUAAUCUUAAUGCUACAGGUUCGGUGAAUCUUACUCCAAUGGUGGUUUAGCAGUAAUUCAAUAAUCUUCAACAGCAGAUUGCAGCACUUAGGGCAACCCUCGGGACUUCCACAAAACUUCAGUCGAACUUAGUUAAUCCAGAGUUGUCCUCACAUCUACCGAUGUACUCUGAAAAUCCGGUAAAUGCUUUCCCUACUUUACCUACAACAAAUAUUUUUUCUGAAUCUGUGGGAAAUUCUAUAGGUUGUAUUGCAUGGGAGAAAUUGAAUGGCCAGAACUACUUCUCCUGGUCUCAGUCAAUUAAGAUGGCCUUCGAAAGGCGUCACAAAUUUGGGUAUCUAACAGGUGAGAUAUCGAGACUGAGACCAAGUGAUCCUCAAGAGCGUGUUUGGAAAGGAGAAGACUCCUUGCUUUGCUCGGUGUUGAUUAAUAGUAUGGAAUCACAAAUAGGCAAACCUCUUCUGUAUGCUGCGACUACUCGAGACAUUUGGGAUGCUGUUUAGAAGUUAUACUCUAGGCGGCAGAAUGCAUCACGGUUAUACACCUUGCGGAAAUAGGUCCAUGAAUGCAAACAAGGGACCAUGGGCGCUACAUCUUAUUUUAACAAGCUGUACUUAAUAUGGCGGGAGAUGGACCUGUGUCGGGAAAUUGUCUGGGAUUGCCUAGUACAGUAUUCAAAACUGGAGGAAAUCGAUCGUGUUUACGACUUUCUUGCUGGUCUGAACACCAAAUUCAAUGCAGUACAUAGUCGGAUACUGGGACAUAGACCGGUCCCUUCUCUCAUGGAAGUCUGUUUGGAAGUCCGGUUGGAGGAAGAUAGAUCAAGUGCCACGAACAAUCCCAGUCCCAAUCCUAUUGAUUCUGCUGCUUUUGGUGCAAAAUCGUUCGGGGUUGAUGGUGAUAAGCAGAAUAGUAAAUCUCCUCCAAUAUGUGAACAUUGCAAAAAAUCGUGGCACACGAAGGAUCAAUGUUGGAAGCUACAUGGUCGACCGCCGAAUGGCAAAUGUCGUCUUUCGAAUGACAAGUCAAAAUCUGGCCGAGCCCUUGUGAGUGAUUCCAUUGAUGUUGCAUCGCAGUCUCAGGUGGCUAACCAGACUGACCUGGUACUGUUGGGGUCGGUACUAUUGUCCAAUCAGAUGAUUCCUUUGCUCUUGUCACAGGAAAAGGUCAUCUGUCUCCCUUCCAGGGGUUGGUCUUAUAGAAUAUGUUGCACGUUCCGAAAAUUUCUUACAACUUAUUGUCUAUCAGCAAAAUAACUAGGGAUUUAAAUUGUAGAACUAUUUCCUCACAAGAUACUGUUUUG